AUGGCGGACAAGCUGGAGACCGUGAAGGGGCGCAACUGCGGGACCAAGGUUGUGCACGUGCGCGCGUUCAACCCCAAGGUGCACACAACCCACAAGAACGCAGACGUCUUCACUUGCGUGCUGGCCAGUGAAUCAGGAUUAUACUGCAUCGCCGAGCAGAUGGUCUGGGGCGACACCCCCGCGGCGCGCGCCCGGACAACCAAAGCUCUGACGGAUAAGUGGGCCCCCAGGUCGUCGUGGGCUCUAUCCAUGUUGACGAUGGUGCGCAAGAAAGACGCCUUCCACGGCAGUCCGCACCCCUGCGUCUUGCAGCUGGGCAACAAAACCAUGGUCGCCAAAGUUUUGCCGCCCCAGCAGGCGAACAAGUUGCCAGACGAAGACCAAGCAGUUGACCUGUACGGCUUCGUUACCGACAUCUCCACCGAAGGCACAUUCAAGGGGAAGAAAUUGGCGGUGUCUUCCGUGUGCGACGCAUCCAAAAACGCCAUCGCCCUGAAGUUUUGGGAGGAGUCCGCCCCGCAGGCACAGCAGCUUCACAACAAGGAGCCUGUCUACAUUUUCGGUGCGUACCUUGUGAAGUCCGACAACGGCGGCGUCCACCUCACAGUGCGCAACUCCACCAUUCUCACCCAGCCCACGGGCUCCUCUCCUAAAGUGGCAGCGAUGCUUGCCGCUGGCGUCCGAGACAUCGCCAAAGACGACCUGGCCAGCCCCUCGGUGUACGACUCCACGAACUACAAAGAUGGGCCCGCCGUGAGUUCCACGUCGGCAAUUCUGGACAUGCUCUUACACAGCAAGGCCGUGGCUCCGGAUAAGCUGUUCGAAAUCCCCGCCGCAUCCUUUUCCCUCAGCGACACGGAGAACUUGCUGACCGAGGCCGGGGGCCGCGCGUGGGCGUCCGUGCGCAUGUCCGACUACACCGGCUCGGUCGACGCUAAGAUCGCGGAGGCGGCUGCCCUCGCGUUGACGGGGUGCGCUGACAAGGCCGAGUUCCAAGACGUGGUCGCGCAAGGGUCCAUGACGUGGUCUCGGGCACGCGUCCGCGCAACGCUGGCUGUCUCCCCCGGCGCCAAGGGCGACCAGGUUAACGAACCGCGCCUUGCUAUCGCGUGUGCAGAGCCUGGCCUUUUCGACGUCGCCGCGCCAUUGCUCGCCCCGCAGAACGACAGCCGCCUUGUCCCGACUACAGCCCGCGCCAUUUCGAUGACUGCCACGGGGAAGCUCUGCGUCACUAUCGGCCCUGCGCGGUUCCUGACCAGCGGGGCCAUCCUACUCGUCGAGGCCACGAAGGGCCCAGAUACCACCCCGCGCGACGACGGCUUUGCCAUCACCAACUACGUCACAGACGUAGCGGAGACCGACACCGAGCAGAAGACUGCCUGGAGGGCGACCACGGCUUGUCCGACAAGGCGUCUGGGCCGGCACGCCUUGACCAAAAAGGACUGGGCGCUUAUCUUGGCCACUUUCGCCAGCGCGACGGACUCCGAGCUCGCUGUCGCCGACGCCGACGACGACCUCAGCGACUUCUUCGGGCCCACCGCCAAGCGGAUCCACAAGACGUUCUGUGGCCCCGCGAGCAUCGCAGAGUGA